AUGAAAACGCGCCUAAAAUCUUCCGGGAAUUCACCUUGGAGGAUAUUGUUAUCAGUAACCAUAACAAUCAUUUUGCUAUGUUCAUUAAUUAAGAUAUGUCGAGCCCAAGAUGAUACAAACGUUGAUGAGUUUGGGGACCCGAAAAAAGGGGAUGAUAUAGGUGGUGAUGGCUCAGAAGGAGGUGGCGGACCUCCAAAGAUCCCCAAAGAAGUUGAAAGUUGUGAUGGUAUCUACAUCUCUUACGACUUCUUAGGGCGUGAAAAGGAGUAUCCCCAUGUCAAGAACAAGAGUGCCCAAUCAUGGGCGUUUAAGGCUCAACUACAGCUUGUAAAUAUGGGGAUCACCGAGCUCAAGUCAUGGAAGGUCUUUAUCGGAUUCCAACAUAGAGAGAUAUUGGUAUCGGCUGAAGGAGCUGUAUUAGUAGAUGGGGAUGAGUUUCCUGCCUCGGUAGGUGUUAAUGGUACCACAAUCGGAGGGUAUCCGCAAGCAGAUCUCAAGACCUCCAUUGACACAGCCGGGGAUUAUAACCAGAUUGCCGUCAAGGUUGGCCUUAAGGGUACUCAAUUUGGGGUCGGAACUGGAGGAACCCCCAUGCCUAAGACCAUCAAGCUUCAAAAUGAUGGUUUCAAGUGCCCUGCUCCCAACAAACGAAAAAGCAACUUCUAUAUGUGUUGUCGGAAGGACAAGAAGUUCAAGGUGAACCCCAAGAUAAAGUACUCAAGGAAGAAAAAGGGUGACCUAAACAUUAUGUACGAUGUUAUGCAGGCGUACGGAAACAACUACUUAGCCCAGGUAACUAUGGAUAACGACCAUCCAUUGGGUCGACUAGACCAUUGGAACCUAACAUGGGAAUGGAUGAGAGGAGAGUUCAUUCAAACAAUGCGAGGCGCCUUCACGCACCUCAAGGACCCGGCUCAGUGUCUUUAUGGACCAGCAGGACAAUACUAUCGGGACAUGGACUUCACCCAAGUCAUGAACUGUGAGAAGAAGCCAGUGAUCUCAGACUUGCCUGCCGAGAUGAAGGAAGAUGAGAAGGUAGGCAAGUUGCCAUACUGUUGUAGGAAUGGCACAGUGUUGCCCAAGACAAUGAAUACAAGUGAGGCAAGAUCGAUAUUCCAGUUGCAAGUCUUUAAAAUCCCUCCCGAUAUGAACCGUACUGCCCUAUACCCACCUCAAAAUUGGAGACUCACAGGUGUUCUCAACCCUAACUACAAAUGUGGACCUCCCAUGAGAGUCGAAGCCUCAGAGUUUCCAGAUCCUAGCGGAUUGCAGGCAAAGGUUUUGGCAGUAGCAAGCUGGCAAGUUGUCUGCAACAUAACUCGUCCGAAGGUGAGGCAAAACAGAUGUUGUGUAUCAUUCUCAGCCUACUACAAUGACUCAAUUGUUCCAUGCAACACGUGUGCAUGUGGGUGUGACAAACUCCCCGAAGGGAGUCGAUGUAGCACCAAAGCCCCAGCCAUGCUCCUACCACCAGAGGCAUUACUAGUGCCCUUUGAAAAUCGGAGCUUAAAAGCAGUGGCAUGGUCAAAGAUUAAGCACUAUCCACUGUGGGACCCAAUGCCCUGCCCCGACAACUGUGGAGUCAGCAUCAACUGGCACGUUGAUGCAGAUUACAAAAAUGGGUGGACUGCCCGAAUGACCCUUUUCAACUGGGGAGAUACUCCUUUUGAGGAUUGGUUUGUUGGAGUUCAGCUAGGCAAAGCAUCACAAGGGUAUGAAAAGGCCUACUCUUUCAAUGGGACACUAUUAAAGGAUGUGAAUGACACAAUAUUUAUGCAAGGGUUGAAGGGGUUGAAUUACCUGAUUGCAGAGACAAAUGGGUCAAAACCCAGUGCACCACGAGUGCCCGGGAAACAGCAAUCUGUGCUUUCCUUCAGCAAGAAGCUAACUUGGCAUUUGAACAUUCCAGCAGGCGACGGAUUUCCCAAAAAGUUGCUCUUCAAUGGGGAAGAAUGUGCGUUGCCUUAUAUCAUUCCGAAAAAGAAUGGAAGCAUCCGAUCAAAGCAGAUGCAUACUUUCUUUGCUUUAAUCUUCACUUCCAUUAUCACCCUGUUCUUACUAACAUGA